AUGGGUUAUGGAAGUCUGGGAGCAGGUGUACCAGGUGGAACCAAGCCUGCAGGUGCAUAUGGGUAUGGCGGGUAUGGAGGCGUGGGUGGAUUCUUUCCUGGAGCUGCAGCAGGACUGAAACCUCAAAAGCCAGGUGUUGCAGGAGGAGGUCUUCCAGGUGGACCAGGUACAGCACCUGUCAUUCCUCAGACUGGCCUGCCAGGAGGAGCUGCUGCAGGAAAAGCCGCAAAGGCUGCAAAGGCUGCAAAAGUACCAGGCGUGGGGGUACCAGGACUCUAUCAAGGAGGCCUCGUCCCUGGGAAAGGGUUUGGUGGUCGAGGCGUUCUCCCUGGAGUGGCCACUGGGGAUGGACUCAAGCAAAAAUCUUUGCCAAGUGGGGGUCAGCUUGGUCCGGGUGGAUUUGGAGCUAAUGGUGGUCGAGGGUUUGGAGGACCACGACAGCCUGGAGUAUUUUAUGGAUAUCCUCUCAAGUCACCCAAAGCCCAAGGUGGCUAUGGCGCACCAUACACAGGUGGAAAAGUCCCAUAUGGUUAUGGGGGCUUUGGUGCUGGAGCAGGACUCCCAGGCGGUGCUGGGUCUAAGCCAGGAUAUCCCACAGGAACAGGUGUCGGAACCCAGGGAAUAUCACCAGCUCAGGCCAAAGCUGCUAAAUAUGGUGUGGGAGCAGCUGGUGUAGCUGGUGCAGGUGCUGUGCCAGGUGCUGGGGUGUACCCAGGAGUUGUACCAGGUGCAGUUUAUCCUGGAGGAUUGGCUGGUGCUGGAAAACCUCCUAAAUAUGCACCAGGGGGCGCAGUUGUACUUCCAGGAGGCGGAUUGGUGAUAACAGGAGCUGGAGCUGGAUAUGGAGUUGGGGCAAAACCUCCUAAAUAUGGAGUGCCAGGAGGGGUACCAGGUGCAGUACCAGGUGCAGUACCAGGUGCAGUCCCAGGAGGGCUACCAAUAGCUGGAUUUGGAGGAUAUCCUGGAGGGGCUAAAGCUCUUAAAUAUGGUCCUGGGGGAGCAGGGGGGGUCCCAGCUGGCGCAGGAGCUUUGGGUGUUCCAGGCGUGGUCCCAGGAUACGGAGCUGCUAAAGCUGCUAAAUAUGGGGUGCCUGGUGGGGUACCGGGUGCGGUACCAGGAGUGGUACCAGGUGCAGUUCCAGGUGUAGUCCCAGGUGCAGUUCCAGGUGCAGUACCAGGUGCAGUACCAGGUGGUGUCCCAGGUGGAAUACCAGUGCAAGCUCCUGGGGUUAAACCUCCUAAAUUAGGAGUGCCAGGUGGAGUUGCAGGAGUGGUACCAGGUGCAGUACCAGGUGCAGUCCCAGGUGUAGUCCCAGGUGUAGUCCCAGGUGUAGUCCCAGGUGCAGUUCCAGGUGCAGUUCCAGGUGGAAUACCAGUGCAAGCUCCUGGGGUUAAACCUCCUAAAUUAGGAGUGCCAGGUGGAGUUGCAGGAGUGGUACCAGGUGCAGUCCCAGGUGCAGUCCCAGGGUUAGUCCCAGGUGCAGUCCCAGGUGUAGUCCCAGGUGCAGUCCCAGGUGCAGUCCCAGGAUACCCGGCUGGGGUGAAGCCUCCUAAAUAUGUUGUACCUGGGGCUACAGGAGUAGUAGGGGGGUUGGGAGGAGUCGGAUAUGUGGGUGGUGUUAAACCUCCCAAACCUGGUGCUGGGGCCAUUCCAACAGGAACGGGGGUCGGGGGCGUGCCAGGUGGGGUGGCGGGGUUAGUGCCAUCUGGAACUGGACAGCCCAUCAUACCUGCUGUGAAACCAGCAAAGGGCCCAACACUCGCUCCUGGAGGAACUCAAAUCCCAGCAGGAGCCACUGCCACAGCUGACAUGACCCCUGUACCCAGUGCUACAGGGAUUGUUCCAGGAAUUGUGCAACCUGGUGUUGGUGCUGGAGUCGUUCAGCCAAGUGCUGGAACAGGUGUUGGUGGAGCAGGUGUAGCAGCACCCACUGGUGUUGGUGCUGGUGUUAAGCCUCCUAAACCUGCAGGAACAGGCACUGUUGCUGGCUAUCCUUAUGGAGGAUAUGGAAUUCCAUACUACAGUGCGACUGGGAUCGGAGCUGGUGUUGGAGUACCUCCUGGAGCCAAGCCACUAAAGGCCCCUGGCACCGGUGGAGUGGGAGGAGUCGCAGGAGUAGGCGGAGUUGGAGGGACUGGGCUCGUACCUUCAGGUGGAGGUGUGACAUAUCCAGCUGGUGUAGGACUGGGAGCCGCUAAAGCACCCAAGCCUGGAUAUCCAGCAGGUGGCGCUCUCCCAGGCUACGGGAGCUAUCAACAACUCUAUCCAGGAUAUGGAGCUGGGGAUGCUGGACUCGCUGCCCAACAGGCUAAAGCAGCCAAAUACGGUGCCAUUCAAGGCUUUCUGGGAGGAGCAUACAGAGGUGCCGCUGGAUGUCAGGGCAAAUACUGUGGAAGGAGGAGGAAGUGAGACAUCUUGAGACAGGAAGUGACCUCAAGACUCAAUGGUGCUACUGCAUGAUGUAGAAUGUACAUUUUAUUUACAACAGACCCUUUCGACGGACAAACCUUUCACUUUUUGUACUUACAUGUCUCAAGAUUAUGUAGAGGCCCGCAAAGUCAUAACAAUGUGUGACACUCAAAAACAUGUAAAGCCAAACAAAGGAAUGUGAAAGAACAAUAUUUUAGUGUAAUAAGUAUGUGUGCACUACACAAUAUAUGUAUGUUUAUAUUGGCAUUGUACUGUUGAUGGUGGCUGCAGAAGUAUUGAUUUUAUGACUCUGUGUCUGUUGUGACCCCACUUGUUUGUAAAAUAACCAUGCUCAACACUAACAGAAAUAUCACAUUGUGUGCAAUAGUAUUGUUUUUAAAACCCCAUUUACAAGAUCAUUACCAGUAGUCUCCUGUUUGGAUGAGUGACAAUACUGGACAUGCCACAGAAUUGAUCUUUUGACAUGAGACGCAUUUUUGGUACACUCUUUCUGUAUUUUUAGUAAUUUUUCAAUGUAAAGUAUUCAAAAUAAUUAAUAGUCCAUAGGCCCCUGAGUCUCUGUUCUUAGGAGUUUGGGCCUGCCAGGACUUUCUGAACGUGAUGCCUUCCUGAGAGUCUCUCAGCUAUUUGUAGAGGGGGUUGGUGGGAAGGUUUACCAUCAAUGUCAGUGAAAUCAACCAGAAAUAUUUUUUUUUUCUAAGAAUGAAGAGUGCAGAAAAUGGGAAACUGAUAUCAGGCAUAAAAGAUGAUUUAAAACAGACAUUAAGCUAGGUUAUUUUGUGCAGUGUGGGUCUGUUGAGGAUUUUUUUUCUUUUUUUCUUUUUAAUGUUGUGCCUUUAAAUUAUACCUUUGGCUUUGUUGAUGGAAUAAUUCUGCAAUCACACAAAAAAAUACAUUUGAAUAUUUGUUCAGGCAUGUCUGUUUGACCUGUUAAAUACAAAUUUAGUUGUUAAUUUUAUAAAAUCCCUGGAGCUGGGCAUUAGGUGCAUGACUCACAAACUAGAAUGUCUGUCUUAAAUCGUUUAAAGGUUAACAUUAUGAUUUACCUACAGUUCGUGGUGUAUGCAAAUUGUUGGAUCAUACAUCAACAGUGCAAUUUUGUUUGUUUUGCACCAUUCUAAACUGAAGAUUUAAUUUUGUCCAAACUUUGUAAAGUAUUCUGCGUUAAUUUAGUAUCAUCGUUUUGGUGCUUUGUUUGUGCAAUGUCAUCGCUGUGGAAAAUAGCCAUGUUAAAUAAUAUUGUACUUUGUGAUUCCCCCUUCAGUGAUGUCAAUGGUGCUGUUCUAAACGAGAGUAUCUCUCUCGCUUUCGUUUGUUUUGUUGGCUGUUAUCUUGCUGGUUAUUAUUCAUAGACGUCACUAUUCAAUGAUGACCUCAUAUUAGGCUACUUCUCUACCUGACUGUCUGACUCCACAGAUACAGCACGUGUGACAGUAUGAGUCUAUAACUGCAGUCAGUUCUAUAUUUAAGUCCGCGCUCAACGGCUGUCCUGGGCUUUUAUUUAAAAGGGGUCAAUGUGUUGGAAAUACAAAAUUUCCACGAAUCGCAGAACUGUUCCUGGCAAUC